AAUAAAAUAAAAAACCCUAUGAAAACACAGUCACUAUAACAAUGGCUCUUCCUUUCGUCAAACACAUUUACCAAGUGCACCGAACUCCUUGCACACUAUUAAAACUCACUGUCUUGGCUCUAAAAUGGGGGAUUGAGCAUGAAGAAAAGGCCAAGCAGGAAUACCUCAGCAAAAUGAAAGGGGAACAUCGUUCUUUUAUUAUGAUUGAGUCAGGGCUCCACAUGAACCCUGAGUAUCCUGUUUUUGGGGCCUCACCAGAUGCCAUGAUAUCAUGUGAGUGCUGUGGUGCUGGAUGUGUAGAAAUUAAGUGUCCUGCCAGACUGAAAUCAAAAGACGCUACACACCAAGACCUAGACUUUUUGAAACUGGACAAUGAUCGGCAGCCAGUAGGACUCCAGGAGAAACAUGCGUACUAUUUCCAAGUACAGUGCCAGAUGCACAUCGCCAAACAAAGUUAUUGUGACUUUGUUGUCUGGUCACCGCACCUACUGCUCCUCAAAAUAAGAAUUUUCCUGAUCAGGAAUUCUGGGAGGAAAAAUCUCUGCAGGCUGCAAUGUUUCACAAGGAAUGUGUCAUGCCCGAGAUCCUGGCACACUAUUUCUCAACUAAGAGAAAGUCUUUGGCAACAUUUAACUUGCCAACAUCAUCUGCACAAAAGAAGUUCUGUGUGUGUGGGGGAGCUGAUGACGGACGACCCAUGAUUCACUGCAUUAGUGAAAACUGUCCAUACAAGCAGUGGUUUCACCUUGAAUGUAUUAAACUGAAGCGUGUACCCAAAAAAACAUGGCUCUGUCACCACUGCAGGAAAUGAUGAAGUUUAUAUUUUCUACAGACUUCAUACAACAUGAUAAUUGAAGAGACAAAUGUUGCAAUAAAUGUAUAUGUAUAAUAUUAAAUACUAACAGUACAUAGUGACACAUAAAAUUAUAUAUGUUGGACGUAGAGACAAUAUCAAGGUGUUGUAAAUAAUUGUCUUUAUUGUUUUAUAAACUUUUGCACAUUCAAAUACAUAUUUAUUAAUCCUUUCCAGAAAACUUUUGUGUCUGCUGACAGAACAUAACUUUACAUAAAAAAUCAUUAC